AUGUCUGAGGCUGUCGUAUCUGAGGUGGCUGCGACCGAAAAUGUUCGUACCACGGAGUCUAGCGAGGCUAAGGCUUAUCAUCAUCAUCAAUCACCAGUCGGGGGGCCAAACCUUGUUACUCCCUCGAUUAACGGUUCCGAGGUAGACAAGAGGCAGUUGGACGAGAC